AUGAGAAUACCGUUCCGCAUAGCGGCAGGAGCCUCACUCCUAGCUGUGACAGCUGCACAAACCUGGAGCAAAUGCAAUCCGCUAAAGCAACCAUCUUGUCCGCCCAACACGGCUCUCGGCAUGUCCAUCAACAUAGAUUUUUCCAAAGGGUCCGUCAACUCGUUUGAGGCGCAGGGCGUCCCGACGUACGGCCCCGACGGCGCCUCCUUCACCGUGGCGGCCAGCGGCGACGCGCCGCAGCUCAACUCGCUCUUCUACAUCAUGUUUGGCCACGUCGAAAUCACCAUGAAGGCGGCGCCCGGCGCCGGAAUCGUGUCCUCGGUCGUGCUCGAGUCCGACGACCUCGACGAGAUCGACAUGGAGUGGCUCGGCAGCAACCCGGACGAGAUGCAGUCCAACUACUUUGGCAAGGGCCUCACCACCGACUACAACCGCGGCCAGUUCCACGCCGUACAGGGCACGCAGGCCCGCUGGGUCACCUACACCGUCGACUGGACAAAGGACCGCAUCGUCUGGGCCGUCGACGGCAAGUCCGUCCGCGAGCUGAAGCAGCAGGAUGCCGAGCCCAACCAGUACCCGCAGACGCCCAUGCAGCUCAAGGUCGGCUCCUGGGCCGGCGGCGACGCCGCCCGCAACCCGCCCGGCACCGUCCAGUGGGCGCGCGGGCCGACCGACUUCUCCAAGGGGCCGUUCGUCAUGGCCGUCAAGUCGCUCCGCGUCACCGACUACUCCACCGGCAAAAAGUACCGCUACAAGGACACCUCGGGCUCCUGGGAGUCCAUCGAGGCCGUCGACGGCCAGGUCAACGCCAACGCCGGCGGCGCCAAGAACAUCCCGACCGCGACCGCGACCGGCGCCAGCCCGCCGUCCGCGAGCCACGCCACGACGUCGGCGCCCGGCGUGCCCGUCGGCGGCCUCGGCAAGGACGGCAGCCCCGCCACAAAGACGCAGACCGGCUGGCCCUGGGUCGGCACCAACCCGCCCAGCGGCGGCACCAUCCCCAGCGGCUGGUACAUGACGGCCGAGGGCAAGAUCAUGAGGUCCUCGGCCGCGGCGGCGCUGCUCACGCCCUCGCUGCUGCUGUCGGCCGUGUCGGCCUCUGUCGCUGUCGGCGCGGCCCUCUUGAUGGGCAGAGCCCUGUGA